AUGGGAGACAAUGAUGAUAAUCGGGACAAAGGGUUAUUUUCACAUCUUGCUGGAUAUGCUGCUGGACACUAUCCACGGCCACAUGGGGCAUACCCUUAUCCUCCUCCUCCUGGUGCAUAUCCUCCUGCAAGUUAUCCUCCUCCUGGCGGAUAUCCACCAUCUGGGUAUCCUCCGCCUGGUGGAUAUCCUCCUUCUGGGUAUCCUUCUGCAGCUGGAUACCCACCGGCACUGCCACCAGGAUAUCCGCCACAUGGUGGAUAUCCGCCUGCUGGUUAUCCUGGUCCCUCAGGUCACCAUCACUCGGGUAAAUAUUUUGUGUGUUCUCAGCAUUAUUGUUAG